CUUCCCUGCCGAAUCGCAGUCACUGCUCUGAAGUCCGAACCCCUUCAUACCCAUCGUCUCGUCUCCGAUUUCCCCAAAUUCAGGCCGCAGGCGCUACAGGAUCCAGGCACCACGCGGUCGGCGGCUGCCGCCUCGUCGUCCCGCCCGCUCGAUUGGGGUCGCGUGUGCGAUAGGAAGUUCGUCAUACGCCUCGCGGUUUUUCUAGUCUCUGUUUUGAUUUCUAUGCGCCCAAUGUUUUGUCCGAUUGAUCGAUCUUCUUAGGUACGUGAGAUCGUGUCGAUUGCUCGUGAGUGCGCGUAGAUGAUGAUCGCUCGAUAAUGUCUGAUUGUUUAGAUCUGUGACUAUUUGCGCGACUUGAUUGUGCCGACUGAUUGUUUCAUCUAUCGUGUUAGCUGUAUUAAAUGUUGAAUCCCUUAAUUGCUUUGAAACCACUGCAUGUGCUUGAUUAAUCUGUUUUGUACUGACAGCUUUUGGUGCCUAUUUGUGAAUUGUGAUGAGAUUGAACAUUCUGCUGCUUGUGUGUAAUCUUCUAUGCAUGGUUAAUGGUUGACUAGUACUUCUCUGGUGCGUGGGGAUGAUGGUUUUCAAGAUGCCUAUCAGCUAUUGGUGGACUAGAAUUUAACAUUUCCCUGUGCGGAAGUAGUCCCCUAUGUUGUGUCGAAAGCAGCACACUCUGUGGUAACCAAUAUUGCUGCAUAUAUUUUCCGUCCAAAAAAAUAUUUGUUGCAUAUGCAUACUUUCCUUUUUCAUCUCUCCUUGUGGCACAAUACUACAUCGAUUGAAGAGAAGUAUCACUCAAUUUUAGCACUUUAUGGGGGAACCUAUCAUCUUCUGGAUGAAUUCCACUAUGUGCCCCAGCCAUACACAGAUGAGAAUGGGAACUGGGAAGGAGCAGUUUGUGGACUACUGGCAGGCUAUUGAUUUCUGUAUUCUUUGGGAAAGAAUUGGGAAGGGCAUUUUUCUUAUACAGGUUGUGUAACCACUGGUGAUAUGAGAUGAUCUCUAUUCGCUUGGGAAGUAGAGAUAGGUUAAAUUUCAGGUCUGAAUGGUGAAACCUUAAAUAAAGUCUUAGGAUGCUGUGUGAAAGAAGCAUUGCUGGUUUCCUCGAAGGUAUGUCUGAUCAAAGAAUCGAUGGACUGAAAAUCACUUAUGGAUAGAAGUGCUUAUUAACUAAAGAUUUUGAAGAUGAAGCUGAUGUCUGCUGGAGAGAAUGGUGUGGACAACGCGGUAAAUUUGGUGCAGAUGGAUGCUGUGUUCAAAUUGAUUGGAGUUCUCUGGAUGGAUGCCUAUCGAGUAGUAUAAUUCCUCUCUCAGCUCACUGUCCAGAUAAUUAGUGCUAUCUGUGACUGUUGGGUAAUCAGAUUGUCGAGAUUUUACUGGUUGGAGCUGUCCGGCAUUGCUUUCAUCUUUUGUCAAUAUGCCCGGUCUUCGGCAGCAUGUGGCGUUCCAGAACUGUGCGCAGUGGUUUCCUCGAAUUUAGGACCUCCGACUGCAUUCUGUAUUGAGAACAAUCCUGCUAAAUGCAUGAUAUUUGCAGGUAUUGUGUUGUGUUUGCAACGUGAUAGCUUGUACCGUAAAAAAAGAUCAAGAUGGGCGCCUUGGACCUACACCUUGAGUUUGCUUCUGCUCAACAUGGACAAGCCAAGCUAAAUGUGGAGGAAUAUGCCAAGGGCUCUUUGCUGUCUGAUGGAAACUACAAUACAGAGAAGAUCAAUGGUUCAAAUCCUGAUGAGUAUGAGAAAUUUCAGAAAGGGAUAAUGCAGUAUGGGUGUCCACAUUAUAGAAGGAGAUGCCGCAUAAGAGCUCCUUGCUGCAAUGAAGUUUUUGAUUGCCGACACUGCCACAAUGAAACUAAGAAUUCCAUUAAAAUUGAUAAAAUGAAGAGGCAUGAACUUCCACGCCAUGAAGUGCAGCAGGUUGUAUGCUCAUUGUGUGGCACUGAACAGGAGGUACAACAAGUAUGCAUCAAUUGUGGUGUUUGCAUGGGGAAGUACUUCUGUGGAUUGUGCAAACUCUUUGACGAUGAUGUCUCUAAACAGCAGUAUCACUGCAACGGAUGUGGAAUAUGCAGAAUUGGAGGGAGGGAGAAUUUCUUCCACUGUUCAAAAUGCGGAUGUUGCUAUUCAAUUGCUCUGAAGAAUAGUCAUGCAUGUGUUGAAGGGGCGAUGCAUCAUGACUGUCCAAUCUGCUUUGAGUACUUGUUCGAGUCGACGAAUGAUGUUUCUGUCCUGCCUUGUGGUCAUACCAUUCAUGUAAAGUGCCUCAAAGAAAUGGAGGAGCACUGCCAGUUUGCAUGCCCCCUUUGCUCCAAGUCGGUUUGUGACAUGUCGAAGGCAUGGGAGAGACUCGACAUGGAGCUGGCAACUCUGUCUGACUCCUGUGAUGAUAAAAUGGUCCGCAUAUUAUGCAACGACUGCGGGGCUAUAUCAGAUGUGCAGUUCCAUUUGAUUGCGCACAAGUGCCAGAAUUGCAAGUCAUACAACACCCGCCAGAUCUGAAGUAAGAAUUGCAAGUCACACGACACCGUGAGAUCUGAAGUAACAAAGCCUUGUGGGGUUUCUGCAUUCUUCAAGAAGCGUGAUGGCUCCUUCCCGUGAGCUGGUGAGCACUGGGAUAUCUGGCAAGACUCCACUGGGUCCUGCGGAGGCAAACAGCUCGAGAUUAUUUGUCUGCUGCUAGCUGCCAUCCUUCAUUAUACAUCUUAUUAGCCUACUAGGUCCUCUUGCCCCUUCACUCCUGUCGCUUUGUGAUUCUAGUGUGAUAAUGUUAUAUUUCCUGUUGCUUGAAGAUUGUAGCAUCGGAGUUCGUAGAUGAGAUAAUUGUUCAAGCUUUGUAGCUGGAAUUGAUUCAUGAAGGUGCCUUUGUUGAGCAAGGAAGAGAGGCCUUGGUUGCGGGUAGCUACUGGCUAGGCAAGCUUUGUAGAUGUGCACCUGUGGUUGGUUGUACGGCAAACCGGAUCUCCUAUUUCCCGUGUUUUAUAGUGUUCUUGUGUUAUUUUACUCCCUCCGGCCCAA